UGGGUUAACUUAUGCUAAUGUCUUUUUAUCUCAUGCGUAAAUCGAGUCGACGUCUCGCCUCAGUCAGUGGCAUAUGGGACGAACCUCUCUCUUGACACAGGCGCGUUUAUGGAACAAAAUGGCGACUUGAAAGAAUAAGCAAAGCGUAUGUUUUUCAUCUCCAGAAGGAGAAAAGAGGAAAAGGAGACGAGGUGUGAUUUUUGCCCAAACCAAGGAGUUUGAUAGUGUAUUUAAUUCACUGAACAAAAAUAUCCUUGAAGGAAACAUGACUUGAAAACAUGAGGACAUAUUACCAUAUCCAAACCGCGGUGGUUUUUCUGUGGAUCCUUUACAAAGAAAGUUCAGGUCAAGGCAGCGCCAAUAAAACGAAGGUCAACUGUGGCCCGGGAGACUAUAUCAAUCGAGAUGCAAACGCGUGUAGACCAUGCGGCAUCGCCACAUUCAAUCCGUUCCCAAACGCAGAGGUGUGUUUUCCCUGCCCAGAGGGGCAGACGACAGAAGUCAUUGGCGCCAAAUAUCAUGGAGAUUGUAUAGGCCCGUGUGAGAAGGUCCAGUUUCCAUGCCAACUGACGGCAACCUAUGGCGUCCCGGGGCAGUGCAACAAAUAUUUCCAGUGCAGCCAUGGAGGGGGGUUGCUCUCCGUUCAAAUGUGCCCCUCGGGGACUUUCUUCAACCCCUUCCGCAAAGUCUGCGACAUUUACCUCAAUAUGGAGUGCACCCCCAACAACUGUCCUGACGACUUCGUGAGUCGCCUGGAAGCGUACUCAGAGGAGCCGUCGACCACCACGAUAAGUACGACAACCAAGGCCUUUGUGACACAUAAACAGACAAAGCCCUGUGGCGACGUUUCUCUCCCCUGUACUAUAGGCACCACCUGGCCAUCCCCCGGCCGCUGUGAUAAGUAUAUAGAAUGCGCAGGUGGGAUGGAAUUCCUGGAACGUCCCUGUCCCAUCGGGACAAUGUACAGUGACUUUCACAAAAGCUGUGGCAGAGAUAUCCAAUGUAUCCCUAGGGACUGUAACGGGAACGAGAUUGGACCUACGUACCCCACUUUUCCCGUUCGUCCCACCACCAAGACAAAGAAGCCGACGCAGCUGACGUCACCGGAAGUGAAAACAACAGACACGGAAAGUCCGAGUCCAACAACAAGUACAACAACUACUACUACAACUACAGUUACGACUACAACAACUCCGACCACCACGACUACCCUCCCCAUCUUCCCCAAUAUAACCAGUGACCCUGGCAUUGUUGUCACCUACAAGGGAGAGGGAAAUAAAUCAUCUGAGCAAGAAGACGGCAGCCAGUCGUACAAAAUGUUGGUCAUUCUCGCCAUCCUCAUCCUGGUCGUCCUAAUAGUUGCCGUCGUUGGCGGCCUGUGUAUGUGGAAGAGGAGAGCUAUCAAAAGGAGCAGCGGACCGGAGACAGAAUCAUGGUCUUUUAAUUGCCCCCUACACGUACCGAAAUGUACGUGGGAAAUACCGUUCACUUUUCAAUGCCCAUUGCGUCGCAAGCGUCGCGCGCAGCGUCACGUGGACAAUCCCGAGUACGUGUGGAAGACAGAGGAUGCAUACGCCGAAAUUAACGAGCAGCACGUAGGACGAACCUUGCCCAAGAAGCCAAACAUUCCCCUCCCAGAAGUGCCAAACGAAGAUCCUAUAUAUAACAGCAUCCCUGACGUCGUUCAUGAGCACAGACCAAAGAACGCCACGUGGGGCGAGGAAGAUCCGGGUCCUAAACAUCAUCACCACGAGUCUCGCAAAGCACACGAGACUCUCGCGGUGUCGCCACAGAACAACUCGGCCUCCCACCAUUCUCCUAAACAACACAGCCCCAAGCACCAUAAGCCGCGGCAUGGCGGGCACGCGGGGCAAGGCGGCAGGACGAAACACGGCCAUGGCAGAAGGGCGCGGGAGAAUUCGACGAAAGAGUUGAUAUCCCCCGGCGCCAAGGACAGUAACACAUACAGCCACGCGUGGGAUUAGUAGAAAAACGCGACAAACGUCAUUGUAACACUAGUCUUAUGAAUUUGUUUGUCAAAAUACAGGAAUUAUAUUCACAAGAAGACUUUCCCUUGUGCAUGUUGUUCUUGAGGUAUGAAAACUGCCAUAAUAUAUCGUAGUGCAAGCUCAUCUGUCGCACUUAACAAGUGAUUUGACAGGAAAGUAACGGAAGUCAUGACUGCAAUUGUACUCACGAACAGGACACAGUCCACGUGUUGAUUGUGAACAGAUAUUGCCAAUGUGUGACACAGUUGAUGGCCGUUUAUAGGAUACACGGCCACAUGGUUCAAUUUUUUUCACGCGGAAGAACUUCCCUGAGAGGCUUGUACAUCUAGAGGCAGCUCUGUGUUGGUUUUAACAGAAAUGUUAUUUGUUCUCUGAUAGAUUUAUAAGUCAAAUGCGACUUUCUCCGUGCGUUUGUUCGGAAGAUUUAAAAGUUUGCGUGUUGGAUACAUCUGAAAUGUAGAACUAUCAGGUUCUGAAGUCAUGUCAUCUGACAUAUAGUAACGUAACGUGACAAUGACACGUGUUUCAAAGUAAGAUAAUUUAUCCAUAUAUACAAAAGAACACGAGGGAUGUUUCAAUUAACAAGAGCGUAUUAUAUUUUGGUUCACAUAUGAGGCAGCUCCAGAGGUCUUGACUUUUAGAUAAAGGGGUCCUGAAUCUGGUUUUGUGUGUUUCAGUUCCGCUUUAAGGGGUAGAGAUGGCGGAGAGGGUGUGCAAAAUAACGGGUCAACAUUUUGUCUCUCCCCCCCCCCCCCUGUUCAAGCUAUCCCAGACCAACCAGCACACAGUCUUAUUACAGCCGAGGGUACACAAUUCCAAGAGAAUACCGCUAAAUAAUGUGCUAGAAUUUUCUCACAGAUGAUCUUUUUGUUACCCUGAAGCGAAAUUAAUAUUUUGUGCGAUUUUGAAAAGUCGCCAUAUGACGUCACACAGAGUCAUUUCCUUGUGACGUCACGCUGUAAUUAUCUAAAUUCGUCACAGGACACAGGUGGACAUGCAGCCGAAGCCGCUCACAGCACCUUUGACGGAUGGGUAUAUUCUACCCGGGAGAUUAUCUUGUUAGUAUUUAGAUUGUAUGGUGUGCAAUGUGUCCCUUAUAACAUUGACGAUCUAUUUCUCUGUAAAUGAAUGAAUGAGUCCCCUUUAUAAACAAAGUCACCGUGAACAAGCUUUUAAUUAGUCUCAUUUCUACCUAGAGCUGGUUCAAUGUCUGUGUGGGCGUUCGAGACGUAAAGCCAUGUUUGUAUGCGGAUUUGGAGAAGUUUAAUGUUAUGAUGUAAAGAUUAACUUUUACAGAAUUUGGUUUACAGUGUAUGUCUACAAAUAUGUAUAUAUACAUGUACAUGUACUUAUUUGGUGCUUUUAUAAAAAUAAAUCCUUGUUGACUGUAACGGGUUCCUUCUUACUUCCUUUUUAUUUUCAUUUCUGUAAGCGAUUUGUGCGAUGCAUGCAGAACUGUUU